AGCUCAGUACACCGUUUGUCUUUCAGAAGACAAUCUAUAUUAUCUUCUCUAGCUGCAUCAGGCAAUCCCAGCAUGCACUACAGAACGGUGCUGAUGUACACUGAAAUAGGCUGCUUCGUAGCAUGCGUCUGCGGCUGGAUCCUGAUCUGCUCCACUAUCCCCACGGAGUACUGGACUUACUCUGAGGUGGCCAGUUUAGUCCUCACAUCUUCCCACUAUUUCUCCAACCUCUGGAAAGACUGUCUCUCCGACUCCACAGGUGUGUCCGACUGCAAGGAGUUCCCCUCGCUGCUGGCUCUGCAGACACACAUUCACCUGUGCCGAUCUCUCGUCAUCACAUCCAUAGCUCUGGGAUUCUUCGGAUCCGCUCUGGCUUUGGUGGGGAUGAAGUGCACAAAACUCGGAGGCUCUGAAACGGUGAAUGCAAGAAUAACCUUCGCUGCAGGGAUCACCUACUUGCUGUCAGGUCUCUGCGGCAUGUUGGCUUACAGCUGGUACGGCCACAAGGUGAUUUCAGAGUUCAUGGAUCCCAACUACAAGGCCAAAAAGUUUGAGCUGGGAGUGGCGCUGUAUGUGGGAUGGGGCGGAUCGGUGCUCCUGCUGGCCGGAGGACUCGUGUACAGCAUCACCGCAGGGAACCAGGCCUGCCAGUCCAGCUCUAAGACCCAAGAGAAGUCAUAUCAGAGUCGUUCCUCUGAGCCGACGCUAUACACUCAUCCGCCAUCGCCCAUCCCGGACAGAGUCAAGCCCAAGCCCAAGCCCAAGCCGAAGCCCGAGGCCGAGCCCAGCAGGCCUGCUAAAGGGUUUCACAGUGUGGACGCCUAUGUCUGAUAUUCUCCUGUUUUACCAUGCAUUUAUCUGGAAAACCUCUUUAUUAGUAGUGUAAAGCAUUCAGUGAAUCUUUAUGCAAGUCUUCGAGACACAAAGUUAAUUGUUUUACAGUAAUACAUUGGAGUGACUUAACUCUAUCCUGAUGACUGUGUCACAGUGAUGCUCUUUAAAUCUCCAUUAUCUCAGAUUUUAGUCGUUUCGUCUCUUUGUUCCUGUUUUAACUGGAUUAUUCACAGCGGCCUCAUGUUAGUCCGUCAGCGUGUGCAGGGUUUAUCACUGAUGAAGCGAUGG